AUGGCAUCUACGUUAGGCCUUUGUGCAAAUUCUAAUGCGAUCUUUGUGGAAUUUGAUGGCUGUAACUGGAAGCAGCACGCCUGGGUGAAGGUCCACGCUGAAGAAGUGAUAGUGUUGCUGCUGGAAGGGUCGCUGGUCUGGGCCCCGCGCAGUGAUCCGGUCGCGCUCCAGGGGACUCGAGUCUCACCGGCACAGUGGCCUGCCCUGACCUUCACUCCUCUAGUGGAUAAGCUGGGUUUAGGCUCUGUGGUCCCAGUGGAGUUUCUUCUGGACAGACAUCUACGUUUCCUGUCUGAUGCCAGUGGACUGCGUUUGUUUCAGAUGGGAACAGAGAGUCAAAAUCAGAUUCUGCAGGAGCAGCCUUCACUAAGAGAAUCUGUCAAUGCAUUGAUCAGUGAUCAGAAGCUUCAGGAAAUAUUUAGCAGAGGUCCUUACAGUGUCCAAGGCCAAAGAGUUAAAGUUUACCAACCAGAGGAUGAAAAUAGCUGGCUCAGUGGUGUUGUGAGCCAUCAAGACCCAAUAACUCGUCUUAUGGAGGUGUCUGUGACUGAGAGUGGUGAAAUAAAGUCAGUGGAUCCUCGACUGAUUCAUGUGGUGAUGGAUAACAGUUCUCCAAGCGAGGGAGGGGGCCUAAAAGGAGCUAAAUCCUCGAAAGGGAAAAAGAAGAAAGAAAGUGUGGAGGGAAAGGAUGGACGUAGAAGGAAAAAUGCUUCAGAUUCUGGGUGUGAUCCUGCAACAAAGAAGCUGAAGGAGAGGGGUGAGGUGGAUAGCAAUGGCAGUGAUGGAGGUGAGGCAAGCAGAGGCCCUUGGAAGGGCGGCUCCAAUAGCGAAACAGGACUGGAUCCAAGGGCCAAGCAGUUGCCUUCGUUCGUUCCUCAGAUUAAUCGCAAUAUUCGCUUUGCCACUUACACCAAAGAGAAUGGCCGAACGCUAGUAGUCCAAGAUGAGCCAGUUGGUGGUGACACUCCGUUGCCCUUCACUCCGUUUUCCUCGGUGGCUGGACAAGCGUUGCUAGUUGGAGCUGGAUGUAAAGAGGCAGGAAAAUCACUGGAACAGGUUGGCCAAGGCACGGUGACUUCUGCAGCUGCAGUUACUACAACUGCUUUGACAUUGACAACGGUGAGGAUCUCCGACACCAGUUUGCCAGCUGUUACGGGGCAGGAGAAACUGAAAACAGGCCGAUCACCAGCCCAGGGAGAGAAUUCUCGGAAUUCGCUUUUGACUUCUUCUGGGUUUGGAGUCUCUCUCCCAAGUGCUUCCCAGUCCUUGGCAUUUGGGAGUGGAAGGAGCCAAUCAAAUGGAGUGGUGGCUCCCGAAAGCAAGCCUUCUGGAUUUCCCUUUGGCUGUAGUACUGGACAGGAGGCUCAGAAAGAUUCUGAUCUGUCCAAGAACUUGUUUUUUCAGUGCAUGUCCCAAAAUCUACCUUCCAGUAACUACUUUACAGUCAUUUCAGAGAGCUUGACUGAAGAUGCCUCUAGUCGGGACUCGUUCAAGCAGUGUACAGAGAGCGUGGGUGCUGGCAUCUGUAAAGGUAAAAUUCUUCCAGCGGACACUAAACCAGGAGCCCCGUCUGGCAGCUCUGUGGAGCGGAAGCUGCCUGUGGAGUCCAUGCCCACCCUUACUCCAGCCUUUUCACGAAGUCUGUUGAAUACUCGCCCCCCAGAUAAUCAUGAAAACCUAUUUUUACAGCCCCCAAAGCUAUCAAGAGAGGAGCCCUCAAACCCUUUCCUGGCAUUUGCUGAGAAAGCAGAACUUAGUCCUUUCAGUGGCUUUGCAUCUUCAUCUCAGACAGGGACUUCUGCCCCCAUGGGUCAGAAGGGCACUUCUGGCUGGCCAGAGUCGCUCUCCUCUACAGACUCUUCUCUAGUGAAGAAGAAAACUUUGUUUAUAACAACUGACUCCUCAAAGAUGAUCUCCAGUGCUCCUGGUUCAACAGUUGCUGCUGGUGUUCAGAGCCCUUCCGCUGUAGGGAAUGGCCGCUCCAGCUCACCGACCAGCAACCUGACGCAGCCUAUUGAGAUGCCCACGCUUUCCUCCAGCCCAACGGAAGAAAAGCCAGCUGUUGGGCCUGGGCAGCAGGACAAUCCUCUUCUGAAAACGUUUUCUAAUGUGUUUGGCAGACAUCCACCUGGCUUUUUCUCCUCACAGGUAGAGUUUCCACAGGAGAACAGAGCCCCUUUUGAAGCUGUGAAAAGGUUCUCUCUAGAUGAGCGGAGCUUGACAUCCAAACAGGACUCGGACUCCAGUAGCAAUAGCGACCUGUCGGAUUUGAGCGACUCCGAAGACCAGUUGCAGGCCAAGGCUUGUAUGAAGGGAAUCCCAGACCACUUGAUGGCAAAGCUGGGCCCCAAUGCAGAGCGCAACGCUGAAUUGCUGCUGGGGAAAGGAAAAGGGAAGCAAGCCCCAAAGGGCCGGCCUCGCACAGCACCCCUAAAAGUUGGCCAGUCUGUGCUGAAGGAUAUGAGUAAGGUGAGGAAGCUGAAGCAGUCAGGUGAGCCUUUUCUCCAAGAUGGCUCUUGCAUCAAUGUAGCUCCACAUCUGCACAAGUGCCGGGAGUGCCGUCUGGAGCGGUACCGCAAAUUUAAGGAGCAAGAGCAGGAUGACUCAACUGUGGCGUGUCGCUUCUUCCAUUUCCGGAGACUGAUAUUUACUCGGAAAGGUAUUCUACGAGUAGAGGGUUUCUUGAACCCACAGCAGAGUGACCCUGAUGCCAUGAGCCUGUGGAUUCCUUCCUCCUCCCCUGCAGAGGGGAUCGAUCUGGAAACUUCCAAAUAUAUCCUGGCCAAUGUCGGGGACCAGUUCUGCCAGCUUGUUAUGUCAGAGAAGGAGGCAAUGAUGAUGGUGGAGCCACAUCAGAAGGUGGCGUGGAAGCGAGCAGUACGUGGCGUGAGAGAAAUGUGUGAUUUUUUCUUCAACAUUCACUGGGUUUGUCGCAAGUGUGGUUUUGGGGUCUGUCUGGACUGUUACCGGCUGAGGAAGAAUCGUCCCCGUAGCGAGACAGAGGAGAUUGGUGAUGAGGAAGUCUUCUCGUGGCUGAAGUGCGCAAAGGGUCAGUCUCAUGAACCAGAGAAUCUUAUGCCGACACAGAUCAUUCCUGGUACAGCGCUUUACAAUAUUGGAGACAUGGUUCAUGCAGCACGAGGCAAAUGGGGUAUUAAAGCCAAUUGUCCAUGUAUUAACCGACAAAACAAAUCUGUGUUGAGACCGGCUGUCACUAAUGGAAUAGCACAGCUCCCGACUGUAAAUUCUAGUGCAUCAGCCUCUGGAAACGAGAGCACCUUUUCCACUGGAGCAGGGACAGCAGGAGUGGGGCAACUAGAAAUGGACAGUGUUCCAAAAUCGGAAGCAGCUGAUAGUAGGAUAGAAGAAUCUGCAAAAACAGAGACAUUGCCCACCAAUAACGCUGGUGAAAUAAAGAGCAACAGACCACUUUGUCCAGAAACAGCUCCGUCAUCAGCCUUACACUGGCUCGCAGAUUUAGCAACGCAAAAAGCAAAGGAAGAAACAAAAGAGUCAGGAUCACUGAGGUCAGUGCUUAAUAAGGAGUCCCAUUCACCCUUUGGAUUGGAUUCCUUCAACUCCAGUACGAAGGUCUCUCCACUAACCCCAAAGCUGUUCAACAGCCUCUUGCUGGGCCCAGUGACAUCUAGCAACAAGGCCGAAGGCUCCAGCCUCAGAGAUCUGCUGCACACAGGGCCAGGAAAGCUUCCUCAGGCCCCGUUAGAGACAGGAAUCCCCUUUCCUCCGGUCUUCUCUGCAGCUUCUACGGGAGCCAAAGGUAAAGCCAGCUUGCCUAACUUCCUUGACCAUAUCAUUGCUUCUGUGGUGGAAAAUAAGAAGACGUCUGAUACUGCAAAACGAGCUAGUAAUAUAGCUGACACACAGAGAGAGGUGAAGGAAAUGGUAAUGGGCUUAAAUGUGCUGGAUCCACACACUUCCCAUUCUUGGCUGUGUGAUGGUAGACUCCUUUGCCUUCAUGAUCCUAGCAACAAGAACAACUGGAAGAUCUUCAGAGAGUGCUGGAAACAAGGCCAGCCCGUGCUGGUAUCUGGUGUCCAUAAGAAGUUGAAGUCAGAACUUUGGAAACCAGAAGCUUUCAGCCUGGAAUUUGGAGAUCAAGAUGUAGAUUUGGUGAACUGCAGAAACUGUGCCAUAAUUUCAGACGUGAAAGUGCGUGACUUCUGGGAUGGCUUUGAGAUAAUAUCUAAACGGCUCAGGUCAGAUGAUGGUCAGCCAAUGGUACUAAAAUUAAAGGACUGGCCUCCAGGGGAGGACUUUAGAGAUAUGAUGCCUACAAGGUUUGAGGACUUAAUGGAAAAUCUUCCUCUUCCUGAAUAUACCAAGAGGGAUGGCAGACUGAAUUUGGCUUCUCGGCUGCCAAGCUACUUUGUCCGUCCCGACUUGGGUCCCAAAAUGUACAAUGCCUAUGGCUUAAUUACUGCAGAAGACAGACGAGUUGGUACCACAAACCUACACUUGGAUGUGUCUGAUGCUGUUAACGUCAUGGUGUAUGUUGGGAUUCCCAUUGGGGAAGGGACCCAUGAUGAUGAGGUUCUGAAAACAAUUGAUGAGGGAGAUGCUGACGACGUAACAAAGCAGCGAAUCCAUGAAGGAAGAGAGAAACCUGGAGCAUUGUGGCACAUCUAUGCUGCCAAGGACGCUGAGAAGAUACGGGAACUUCUGCGGAAGGUUGGAGAAGAACAAGGCCAAGAAAAUCCCCCAGACCAUGACCCCAUUCACGACCAAAGUUGGUACUUGGACCAGACCUUACGCAAGCGGCUCUAUGAUGAGUAUGGAGUACAAGGCUGGGCAAUAGUGCAGUUCCUUGGAGAUGCUGUGUUCAUUCCUGCAGGUGCUCCCCAUCAGGUCCAUAAUUUGUACAGCUGCAUUAAAGUGGCAGAAGACUUUGUAUCUCCAGAACACGUGAAGCACUGCUUCCGUCUGACGCAGGAGUUCAGGCACUUGUCUAAUACUCACACAAACCACGAGGAUAAACUGCAG